UCCUUGGAGCUGAGACUGAGAGGUUUGGUACAGUUCAGGUUGUGCCGACAGGGGUCAGUCAGGUCUGGCAGGGGAAAGGAAUUAAUCCAGGAGCGCCUCAAAGUCCAGCCAGCUGGGGACUGAUUGUAGCAGACGAGCAAGAGCUGGCAGCAAUGGGGCCCGGAGCUUCAGGGAACCUGCUCAGGACGGAGAGAGCUCCACGCUCAGCACUGGGCCCUGAAGUUAGUCUGCAUGCCUACGACAUUGGGGUGGUGGUCACCUACUUUGUCUUCGUCACUGCUGUGGGGAUCUGGUCGUCCAUCCGUGCAAGCCGAGGGACCAUUGGGGGCUACUUCCUGGCGGGAAGAUCCAUGAGCUGGUGGCCGAUCGGAGCAUCUCUGAUGUCCAGCAAUGUGGGAAGCGGCUUGUUCAUCGGUCUGGCCGGGACAGGGGCUGCUGGAGGCCUUGCUGUGGGAGGCUUUGAGUGGAAUGCAACCUGCCUGCUCCUGGCCCUCGGCUGGAUCUUUGUCCCCGUGUACAUCGCAGCCGGUGUGGUCACGAUGCCUCAGUACCUGAAGAAAAGGUUCGGGGGCCAGAGAAUCCAGAUUUACAUGUCCGUCUUGUCUCUCAUCCUCUACAUCUUCACCAAGAUAUCGACUGACAUCUUCUCUGGAGCCCUCUUCAUCCAGAUUGCCAUGGGUUGGAACCUCUAUCUCUCCACGGUGAUUCUGCUGGUGGUGACAGCUGUCUACACCAUUGCAGGGGGCCUCACAGCAGUGAUCUACACGGAUGCUCUGCAGACAGUGAUCAUGGUUGGGGGAGCCCUGGCCCUUAUGUUUCUGGGUUUUCAGGAGGUGGGCUGGUACCCAGGCCUACAGCAGCGGUACAUGGAGGCCAUCCCCAAUGUCACAGUUCCCAAUACCACCUGUCACCUCCCAAGGCCCGAUGCCUUCCACAUGCUUCGGGACCCUGUGAGUGGAGACAUCCCAUGGCCAGGUCUCAUUUUUGGGCUCACAGUGCUGGCCACCUGGUGUUGGUGCACAGACCAGGUCAUUGUGCAGAGGUCUCUAUCUGCCAAGAAUCUGUCCCAUGCCAAGGGAGGCUCCGUGCUGGGGGGCUACCUGAAGAUCCUCCCUAUGUUCUUCAUUGUCAUGCCUGGCAUGAUCAGCCGGGCCCUGUACCCAGAUGAGGUGGGCUGCGUGGACCCUGACGUCUGCCAAAGAGUCUGUGGGGCCCGAGUCGGAUGUUCCAAUAUCGCCUACCCCAAGCUGGUCAUGGGUCUCAUGCCCAUUGGUCUGCGGGGCCUGAUGAUUGCCGUGAUCAUGGCGGCCCUCAUGAGCUCGCUCACCUCCAUCUUCAACAGCAGCAGCACCCUGUUCACCAUCGACGUGUGGCAGCGCUUCCGUAGGAAGGCAACCGAGCAGGAGCUGAUGGUGGUGGGCAGGCUGUUUGUGGUGUUCCUGGUUGUCAUCAGCAUCCUCUGGAUCCCCAUCAUCCAGAGCUCCAACAGUGGGCAGCUCUUUGACUACAUCCAGGCUGUUACCAGCUACCUGGCUCCACCCAUCACUGCUCUCUUCCUGCUGGCCAUCUUCUGCAAGAGGGUCACAGAGCCUGGAGCCUUCUGGGGCCUCAUGUUUGGCCUGGGAAUGGGGCUUCUGCGCAUGAUCCUGGAGUUCUCAUAUCCAGCCCCAGGCUGUGGUGAGGUGGACAGGAGGCCAGCCGUGCUGAAGGACUUCCACUACCUGUACUUUGCCCUUCUUCUCUGUGGACUCACUGCCAUUGUUAUUGUCACCAUCAGCCUCUGUACAACCCCCAUCCCUGAGGAAAAGCUUGUUCGUCUGACCUGGUGGACAAGGAAUUGCACCCGCCCUGAGCUGGAGAAGGAGGCCUGUGAGAAUGAGGAGAGCGCACCAGGGCUGGCAGAGGGGGCACCUGGGGAGUGUCCUGCAGGAGGCGGAGCAGCAGGGGACCUGAUGGAGGAAUUGGAGCAGGUUGGAGCCCCACACAGGUCCUGGGGAAAGCUGCUCUGGAGCUGGUUCUGUGGGCUCUCCAGGGUCCCUGAGCAAGCUCUGAGCCCAGCAGACAAGGCUGCACUAGAGCAGAAACUGACCAGCAUUGAGGAGGAGCCAUUGUGGAGAAGCGUCUGCAACAUCAACGCCAUCCUCCUACUGUCCAUCAACAUCUUCCUCUGGGGUUAUUUUGCAUAACUUCACAGACCUGGCUUUGGCCAAGACAGAUUCAACACAGAGACAGGCUCUCCUCUCACCUGCUGUCAAACUGGAGGCCAUAGAGCUGAAGCCACAGGAACCCCUGAAGAGCAUCUAAUCCAACCAUACUUGGCAAGUGGGAAACAGAGGCCCAGAGAGAACACUGGGUUUGCCCAGGGCCAGAUAGGAUUCAGGGCAUUUCUGGACUCUUGCUCUCUUUCCAUUACACCGUCUUACAUUCCUACCUCAAAAUCAACAUUUCCACCCUCUUGUUGAGUCUACUCUGGAAUCUUCUGUGAGUCUUGAGGUUAGAAAAGUGGAAAAUACAAGUGGUGUACUAGCAACAAAUUUGCAAAAAGUCAAGUGUCCCUUCACCGUACUUUUUUCUUUUCCCCGUCUAGAGCCCCUAUGUCUCUGUCUAUUCUCAACCCCUGGUAAUCUAUUUGAAACCUGAGUCUACUGAGAAGGGCUUUAUAUUUCCAUUGGUGGCUCCACAGUUGUGGCCGUCAGAUCCAAAGGAGUGAGGGGUGAGGGUGGAAUUUAAACAUGACGACAGAUGGCUCUGGAACAGGGAGCUCUUGGAGAAGGGACCCGUCUUGGCAUUAUCACAAUUCGUCUCACUCCUACACUCAAACCUAACCCUGCACAGUUUCCAUGGCUGCUUCAGAGAACUUAAAGUCCAGUUGGAGGCAGGUGAUGUAUUGAAAGCAAGGAGAAUCAAGAGAUGCUGCUCUGCAUCUCGAGGUAGCCCACAGGGGCAGCACACAGCCCGGAAGCCACCAUCUGUGAGCCUCUGUCCCUCUCCCUUUGCCUGUCUAGCCUGGAAAAUACCUGACUUGCUUAAGUGCCCCUUCUCCAGGAAACUGCCCUAACACCCCAGUCAAGAUUGCCCUCCUACUGUCACAACCCCUGGACCUGCUUCUAUCUGGGAACUGGUCACACUGAUUGGUGAUGUCUCCCUCCUUGAUGGUGCACUCCAAGGACAGGGGCCAAUGGCUAUGCCCAAAGUGACUUUGUACCCAGAAUAACAGGUGCCAAUAAAUGCUUAUGGACCUAAUAAAUCCUCCAAGGUCUGGUGGGUUUUGUGCUGUCACUGGCUAGGCAGAGACUUGGGGAGUCAACAGGUUGGGAGGCAUCUACUUAAAGAGGAACCCAAACAACCGAGUGUCAGAUGGCGAGAAUGAGAUUGCUGCCCCUGCCACUGACAGUAUCCAGAUGAGAAGAACCCACCUUCCCCCCGUGCAGGGGCUGCGCCACUCUCCUCUGAUCCUCUUCAGUGCUGCCUUUGAUCAUCACUGCACACCAAUCUCUGAUCAUGCCAGAUACAAAUACAAUCCUGUGUCUCCGAGGUGCAGACAUAGCCAAGUCUGUGACUACCUCUUGUAAUUACUGCCUCCAAAUUUUGGCUCCCAACCUUUGGACCUCUUAUGAGACAUGAGGUUUCUUCUCAGAUAUCUGAUCGCUGUUCCUCACUGACCCUGAGAACUCAGCUUUUCCCUGAUUUCCCCCAAAACCAUUCAAGCAAGUCAUUUGUGGACAACAGCUUAUACUGAAGGUUUGCGUGGGGAAGGUCUAUAGACCACAAAAGCACAAUCUAAAAUUGAACGUGGACCAUCCAAUUUUAAACAUUCCUUAGCAGCCCCCUAGGAUUCCUCAGAGAUCUCCUCCACCUCUUCUCCAAUCUCCUGCUGCAGGAGGGUUCUCAGUCCUCUCUGUCCCUGUCCCUGCAAUUCUCUCAUGUCUCCCCCUCCUUCUGUUUCUGGUUCUCCUCCUUUAUUAUGCAGAGCCUCUGCUGGACUCCAGACCCACCUCAUCUGACUCACAGAUCCACAGGCACGCUGUUGAAUGCACAGAACUGAAGGAAGGACAGCUGUCCCUGUGCCUGGUUAAUUCCUACUAGUGCCUCACAUUUCAGCUCAAAAGUUACAUCCUAAGAGAAGCCACAUGUUAUGGUAUAGAUAUGAAGCAUCCCUCAAAGAUGCAGGUGUGGAAGGCUUGGUCUCCAGUGUGGUGUGUUUAGAGCUUUGGGAAUUGAAUGAUGGGAUCAAUGAGUGGGGAGUGGCUGGUGCAGGGACUGGAAGGUAAGCUGGCGCCAGCUAAACCUUAUCAUCUCUUCCCUGCUCAUUUCAGCACCCCUGGACUUUUACAUUUUUUCCUAGUUUUCCUUUUCCAAUCCAUCCUAUCCAGCUAAUAAAACCCCACAUUUCAUGGAAAGGGAAAACUGAAGCCUUCUGGGAGGAAUGGGACUUCUUAAGGUCAUACAGAGAGUCAGCAACAAUUGCCCAGGCCUUUCAAGAUGAAAGGUGUUUCACAGGUGGCAUGCGAGCCAGGUGUGACAUUGGAGAGGCUGGAGAGAGCAGACAUUUGAAGCACUUAUUCAUCACCAGGCCUGGGUUUGGCCUACCAUGGCAUACAACUCUUGCAACAAUUUUUAUCUUCAUAAAUGUGUCUAUUAUGUUCUCACUAUUUAGAGGGGCUUCCCAGUUCUUGUCCAGCCUUCCUUCACCUAUCCAACAUCAUUUUUCAUGUAGCUCCUUUUCCCUGGAACAUUCACGCCUGACCUCCUACCCCACGCCAUCUAUCUCCUAGGACAGGAAUCAUUCUUCCAACAGACCUUUCCUGAGGUCUCCCAGCUAUCCAGUUUGCUUUGUGUCCUUCCUCUGAGUCUCACAGGCUCCCCUCUAUUUCUUUCCACCAUAGUAAGUCUCGUGUUCGUGUUAUAUUUUUCUCCGUGCCAUGGACUGGUGCUCUUCCUAGGGAGUCAGUGUGUUCACCCAGGGACUGCAUGAUGUGAGGGCAUUUAGGAAGUGCUCAGGAAAUGUCCAGUGAAUGAGUGGAUUCAUAAAUGUUAACUUUACUCCAUAAUAUUUUGACUCUUUUAAUUCCUAACCAUAACCAAGAAUAAAUGAUGAACAGUAUCUCUAUAGACUAGAGUUACAAGGCCCUCCCGGGUCUGAGGUCCCAUUAAAUUCCUAUCACUCCUAGAGGAGGUAGGCAAGUGUCUCACCUUUUGUAGAGAGGCCAGUCUCAUCCACACCUGACCUGAAGGACAACACAAAGUAAAGGAAAAACAAGGCAUCCUCUUCUGCUUUGGAGUUCCAAGCCCUGGGUCUCCACAUUAGAAUGCCUUUAGAGGGAUUUGAGGAGCAUCUGGAGGCAAUGUCACCCAUUUGUGCCUCAGUUGCCCCAAUCUCCAAUGCAGCACAUCAGCCUCAUUGACUCUGGUGCUCCCAUGGCCCUUUUCCAACACUGCCACCUUUAACACGCUCUCUCUCCUUCCAUCGGGGUGCUGUUCUCAGGCUGAUGUCUCAGUAUCUACCUGCUCAGGGAUAAGGCCUGUUCAAUGUGCACUUCAGCAGUCCUUGGCCCUCUGUGGUGGUGAGGGCAGUGACUUGAUUGCAGGAUGAUGCCAGUUACCUUACCAAGCCACUUGAAAGGAACUGCCUUUCCAUUGGACCAGUUGGCAGUCACCACAGAGUUAUAUCACCUCUUUUCAACCUUUCAGGGUCCCCACCCCAGUUCACGACCCUGCAUGAGGCAGGAACCAAAGACUUGUAUUCUAAUUUGAAUUCUUAAUUUUGCUACUACAUGCUUUGUAACCCCUUCCCAUACCUCAGUUUCUUCAACCUUAAUAAAGGGGUGGGAUGCA